AUGAUUUACAGCUGCUAAGUCAUUCGAAAACACUUUCUGUUGAAUUAGACAUAUAAGUUGUAGAUCCUAGAAGAUAAAAUAUGUAUAGGAUUAGAAGUACAAUCAUAUUGAUAAAUGAUAGGAUCGGCCAGCAAAGUAUGAGUUGGAAAUAAAUUUGCAAAAUAAAAUAAGUUGGAAAGUCAAUGAACAAGGAAUCAUAUAAGCAUUUGGUAUAAAAUAUUAAAAUUCAUGCAAAUGGUUUUAUGGGUAACCUUCUAAUUUGUUACAAAUAAAAUCGAUUCUUAAUAAUCGAAUAUUUUUUCACAGCAUAUCCAACUUUUAUACAUCAAAUGAAUAAAUAGGUUCUGGAGCCUCAUGCAAAGUACUUUUAAUAACAGAUAUAUAAACAAAAUAAAAAUAUGCAGCCAAAUGCAUAAGCAAAGAUUAUAUAACAAAAAAAAAAACACCUGACAGAUUGAAUAGACUAUUUAAUGAAAUAAAUAUAUUGAGAUCAAUUUAAAAUCAUAAAAAUAUUGUUAAAUUGAUUGAUUUAUUUGAAGGAGAGUAAACAUAUUAUCUAAUUUUUGAAUAUUUAGAAGGUGAAACUUUGCAUAGAUUUUUAAAAUUAUAAACUGAUCUUAUUCCAGAUAAUUCAAUAAGGAUUAUGUUGAUGGUAAGUUUGAUAAUUAUAAACUACUAGUAACUAUUAUAGGGUAUCAAUUCAUUACAUUCUGAAAAUUACAUCCAUCGAGACAUUAAAUUAGAAAAUAUCGUACUUAGUAAGCCUAGUGUUAUUAGUUCUCUUAAACUAAUUGAUUUUGGAUUGGCUAUUUCAAAUACUCAAUCUGUGUCAUUUGCUGUUUGUGGUACACCAGGUUAUAUAGCUCCUGAAAUAUUAUAACAUGAUGAAAACAAAUAAGGGUAGAAAUUUAGAUUUACUUUCAAAGUAGACAUGUUUGGUAUAGGAGUCAUACUCUAUAGAUUGUAUUAUUAUUUUAAUCAUUUUAGAAUGAAUAGAUAACCAUUAUUUGAAUCUGAUAAAACAAAAGAUUUACUAUAAUAAAAUAAAAAAUGUCAUUUUAUGAAAAGUUAUCAUAAUUCUUAUACUAAUGCUCUUAAUUAAGUAUUAUUUGGACUCUUAGAAGUUAAUCCAAAUAAACGUUUAUCAUCAGAUGAAGCAAUUCAAUUACUUUCUUAAUAAUAAAUGUUGAAAGAAAUCGGAGGAUCUUUUGCUACCACUAAAAGUCAUUAAAAUGAAAUAGAUGAAUUUGAAGUCGAAUAAACUAUGGAUCAUGCAAAUCAACCUUAUCCAUUUUCUGCUAAAAUACUUAAGCAAGAACUAGAAAAUAGUUAUCAUUAGAAUGAUGAUAAUAGACUUCAAACAUCUAUGUAAAGAUCUUACUACCCUUCUUUCAGCUUGAAUUUAAGUUUAGACUUAAUUGAUAGUUUUACUUAAUAAAUCUCUAUGCGUAAUGCCAUAUUCGAAGAUGAGAUAAUUGAAUCAGAUAUCAAAUAGAAAUAAAAGUAGAAGUGA